AGGCUUUUUUAAGUGCCUGGCGGUGGCAAUGGGCAUGUAGAGCCAAGGGAGACAGCUGGGGACAGGAUGGCGGUGCCUUGCAUGGAGCUGAACAACAAGAUGAAGAUGCCUGUCCUGGGCCUGGGCACCUGGCAGGCUCCUCCAGGAAAGGUGGAAGAGGUGGUGAAACACGCUAUUGAUGCUGGCUACCGCCACAUCGACUGUGCCUAUUUCUACCAGAAUGAGCAUGAAAUAGGGAAUGCAAUCAAGCAGAAGAUCAAGGAGGGGGUUGUGAAGCGGGAAGACCUCUUUAUUGUCACUAAGCUGUGGAACACAUUUCACGAGAAGUCCUUGGUAAAGGAAGGGUGCAAAAGGAGCCUUGCUGCUCUGCAACUGGACUAUGUUGACCUCUACCUAAUGCACUACCCUAUGGGAUUCAAGGCUGGUGAAGAACUGCUGCCUGAAGAUGGCAAGGGUAUGAUUAUUCCCAGUGAUACAGAUUUUCUGGACACAUGGGAGGCCAUGGAAGAGCUGGUGAACUGUGGCAAGGCAAAAGCCAUUGGAAUCUCAAACUUUAACCAUGAGCAGAUUGAAAGACUCUUGAACAAGCCAGGAUUGAAAUACAAACCUGUAGUUAACCAGAUUGAGUGUCAUCCAUACCUGACCCAGGAGAAGCUGAUCAAGUACUGUCACUCUAAAGGGAUCGCUGUGACUGCAUACAGCCCUCUGGGCUCUCCUAAUCGGCCAUGGGCCAAGCCAGGGGAACCUAUGCUACUGGAGGAUCCUAAGAUUAAAGAGAUUGCAGCAAGACAUCAUAAAACUCCUGCCCAGGUUCUGAUCCGGUUCAUUAUCCAGAGGAACUUGGCUGUCAUUCCCAAGUCUGACAAAGAGCAGCGCAUUAGGGAAAACAUGCAGGUGUUUGACUUUGAGCUGUCUGCAAAGGAGAUGGAUGUCAUCCUCAGCUUUAACAGGAACUGGAGAGCGAUUCCAGUGCCACAGUCUGCCAAUCACAAGGACUACCCAUUCAAAGCAGAGUAUUAACACCUCCAUGUACCUCCUUCCAAAUUAGAUGUCCUCUACAGCUGAGUCCUGACUUCUUCUUCUGUACUCUACAGUCAUUGAGAGCAGUUACUUGUCCUCCUUUUUCAGGAGGAUCCUGCUAGCUGGUGAAAGAACACAUCAACGGCAAUGGGUCUUUUGUUGAGAGGGUUAGCUGAAAUCUGGUUUUACUUCUUUUUUUAAAUCAACAUCUCAUUUCUGUUUUUCCUUCUCUUGCUUAACUGAAAACAUGUUUAGCAAAUGAAAAAAGCCCUUGUAAGCAACCAGAUUUUUUUUAAUGUUGUUUUCACUGCAGCAAGUCUUACUGGCUCACGAGUGGCUGUUGAGGAAUGUGGUGCUUAUUUACUUCGCUUUUUAUGUAGUUGUGAUUUUUACAGCAUGAAUAAUUAACGCUUUAAAGUUUUAUAUGAAUAAAGAUUGAAUGAAAGCAAA